UUCCAUCACUUUCCAGCUGGUUGAGGAUUUUGGUUUUUGGAUCCACAAACCUUCUCUCUCUCUCUCUCUCUCUCUCUCUCUCUCUCUCUCUCUCUAAUUCUUGAAAUAGUCCAUGCCAUCAACCAGAUCAGUCACAGAAAUUAUCUUUAAAAUCCUAAAGCUGACAUCUGUGAAGCUGUAAAUGGACCAAACUCUUAUUGUCCAUAUCCCAGGGUAAACCUCUAUUCAGGAAAAAAAAUUGAAGCUUUGUUGAGCUAAAUAAGGAGAUAAUUUUCAGGUUCGAGCUCUGCGCUAUGCAAACUAAGUCUGGUAUUUAAGUGAAGAAGAGUAGAGAAACGGGCUCAUUAUCCCCAAGUUUUGAAGGUUACAAUUGUUCCUAAGGGUUGGCUCUAGACGGAUUUCUCGGUCAUUAAAAAUAAGGAGAUAAUUUUCAGGUUCGAGCCUGCACUAUGCAAUCUAAGUCUGGUAUUUAAGUGAAGAAGGGUAGAGAAACGGCCCCAUUAUCCCGGAGUUUCGACGGUUACAAUUGUUUCUAAGGGUUAGUUCCAGACGGAUUUCUCGGUCUCCAAAAAAUAAGUGAUUUCUGGGUCACCAAAAAAUAAGGAGAUAAUUUUUCAGGUUCGAGCUCGGCACCAUGCAGACUAAGUUUGAUAUUUAAGUGAAGAAGGAUAAAAAGGCAGACUCAUUAUCCGCGAGUUUCUAAGGUUACAAUUGUUCCUAAGGGUUGGCUCCAGACGAAUUUCUUGGUCAUAAAAAAAAUAAGGAGAUAAUUUUGGGUGUUUCAAGUUUAUAAAUGGGGUCAUCUGGAUUUUUCCUCUUAUGUAUUCUUCAUUCUAUGGUGGCAUUAACUUCUGGAGGUUUAAUGAUGUUUUAUAGCAAUGAGGUAUUUAUAUUUAGCCAUGGCAGAGAACGUGCUAGUAAACUUCUGGGGUCAACACCACAUGAUCAAUUAAUAAUCCAAAUAUCAGAUUCAUUUUCUGGACUACUUUUAUUUGCAAUUGGAUUUUUCUUGUUCAUGGUUGCAUUUAUAAAGGAUAGAGAAUUCCAUGGAUUCUUUGCUAAAGGAUGUGUUCUUCUUCAUAUUGCUAUGGCUGUUUGGAGAAUUUACUUUGAGAGAAAACUUGAAGAGGAUCUUGGUCGUGAUUGGUUGAGACUUGUUGUUGCUGACAUUGCUUUAGGACUUUCUUGGGUUUUCUUUCUUGUUUACUCUUGGAGAGAGAAGUAUGAUUAGUCUUGGUUGAGGGGCGUGCCCAUUAUCUACCGAGUUUCGAACAGUGUGUAACUAUGUUCAUUAUUCCUCGAGUUUCGAACGGUGCACUACUGUGAUCAUUAUCCACCGUGUUUUGGACGAUGCGCUGCUGACCUUCAGGGAUUUCUUGUUAUUGAAAAUAGUUUGAUUAGUCAAUGUAGAGGGCGUGCCCGUUAUGCACCGCGUUUUGAGCGAUGCACUACUUGUCCAUUAUCCACCGAGUUUUGGACGGUGUGUUGCUGACCUCCUGGGAUUUCUCGGUUAUUAGAAAAAGUUUGGUUAGUGAUAGAGGGCAUGCCCGUUAUCCUCCGAGUUUCAAAUGGUGUGCCACUGUGUCCAUUACUCAUCGAGUUUCGAACGGUGCACUACUGUGUGCAUUAUACGAAACUCGGUGCACUACUAUGUCCAUUAUCCAUCGAAUUUUUGACGGUACGCUGCCGAUCUUCAGGAAUUUCUCGGUUAUUAAAAAAAGUUUGAUUAGUCUUUGUUUGCGUAUUUACAUUUUUAUUCACAAGACGACAAAAUCCGUUCUUGUUCAAGUAUCAGUCAACUGCGUCUCAAUUCCGAACUAGUUGAAUUGCUUGGGGUAUAUAUGGAUAUGAUUGUGUGAUAAGAAGCUACUUUGCAAGUUAAAAUUUUGAAACACAAAAAAGAUUGUGUUUCUCUGCUUCAAUCUUGUACAAUACUUUCUUCUUUCUUUUUUUUUUUUUUUUUUGUGUGGAUAAGUUUGUAUAUUACUUCCUUUUUCUCCCUUAAUUAUCUUUGAUGUAAGUUUUCUUGAUAGUAAUGAGAAUUUUUUGUGAUCUCCUGAA